CGCAAAAAGAAGUGUAUCCGCUUUCUAACCGAUGACGAGUACGCCGAGUCAACUCUUCUGUCUGGUGAUGGCGGCACUAUUGGCUGUCCCGAGGCUUCAACACCGCCACCGCCUGCUCCGCGGAAUUCUCUGUCGAGCAGCUUUGGCCCCUCGAAUAGUCAGGCUUUUGAAUGCCACGACUCCGGCCUAUUUUCUACGCAAGACGCCUCGGCGCAACUCUGCAACGAAUCGCUUCCCCCUUCAAUCGGGUAUUCUGGAGCAAAUGACUUUAACACCAGCACAUGUAGCAUCGUCUCGUCCGACUGUUUCCGUCAUCAGCAGCAUCGAAAACAGCAGCAUCAUCAGCAGAGAAAUCAACCAGGACACGCAGCUCAACAUCUGCAGCAGCAGCAGCCACAGCAGCUGCAUCUUCAGUCUCAUGUCCCGUCGGCACCUCAGCCAGUAGGCUUGCCAUCAGCCCCCUCUCCUCGUCUUCCAAUGGGGUCCUCAACCCGGACAUCUUCACCGCACAGAAACAUUCAAGUUGGGACUCACCUUUCGCCAAGUCACUCUGUCUCCUCCUCCUCGUCCUCCUCCUCCUCGUCGUCUUCUUCUUCUUCUUCGUCUCUUCUCCUUCUUCCUCCACCACUCUUUUCUUUUUCUUCCUCCUCGUCACUGACGUCUUCGAACCCACAGCCACCGACCGUCAAACCAUCUGUUGAAACUACUUUGUCUGCAGGAGAUUUCGCGCCUUCUGGAAGUGCAUCCUCUUCCUCUGGCCUGUUUCAGCCCUUUUCGGACCUGGUUGACUCACGCAAUUGCCCUCAAAAAUCAUCUUCUUCUCCCACCUCUUUUUCCUCGUCUUCUUCUUCAGCUUCGUCGAUCGCCUCCUUUCCUCGACUGGGCGUCGAUUUCGCCUUUCCAACUGCAUCUGGUGAGCUGCAGACCGGCAAGCAUAAAUCUCUACCUCCUCUGCCCGUCUUGAGCCACAGAACUGCUGGAUCUGUCGGCUCCUCGGCUGGACCGGCCUACCUCACUUGUCAGAGCCCCGAGCACGAGCUCGCUUCCAGUGCCAAGUUGGCCCGCUUGUUGGAGCCUGAGUUGGGACCGCCGAAGUUGAGUCCCGCCAACCUUUCUCCCGAGUUUUCACAAGAGAUGAGGUCCAAGAUGCGACACUUGGAGAAAGAGGGAGGCGGUAAAUCGGACGAUUUUACCAUGUUGGGAGAGAAAAAGGCGGCUCGUUGUUUCCUCUUCUCUGCGGCCGCGUUAAGUGGCACUGCAGACACCGCAUUUCCACUCUCCUCUGUCGCCGGUGGCCCGGACACAGCGCCGUCUUGUAGCCAUGCUGCUCCUUAA